AGACAAGACAGAAAGACAGUGCAGGACAAAAGACAGUGCAAACAAAAAUACAAGACAAUACACAAAAGACAAUGUUAUACACAAAAGACAAUGGAUAGGACAAUACACAAAAGACAAGACAGUGUUAUAGCAAUAUUACCACAACAUACACAUGUGACAUGAAAACACUCAUGGCAAGCCAUCUUAACAUUUAAUGGCUUGUCUGAAUGUGUACAGAAACUUCCGUACGAGUGUUCUGAUGCCCUCACAUGACGUCACAUGAAAGUCAAUGCCCAAUAUAAAUGGAAUUGCAAAAUUUCCACAACAUACCUAAUGGUAUAUCAAAACACUCGACACAAUAAGAACUUAUGGAUUAUGUGUAUUCUGGCAACAUCACAUCGCCUCCACUCACCUCCAGAAGCAUCUGUACCCUAUCUGUCAAAAGUAUUAUCAACCUAAACCAGACAGAAAUGUAUUUUUUUAAGAGCUAAGCAGUUUGCCUGUUUGGUGACUGCUUAGUUCCAUGAUUUCCCUGUCUCUGCAAGUGUAACUAUUUAUAUCAUCAUGAAUUUUUCCUAAUAUUGUGACCCCAUUAGGUCCAGCGGCAAGAUCCCAUGCUCUCAUUGUCGCGGUCCAGAUUCAAUUCCCGGGCAGGGAGCUCACUCAGCCACUGAAGAGCCAGGAGACGGAUUCCAAAAAAAAAGGAAAGGUAAGAAAAGCGGUAUUUUCUUUUACGCUGUUUUUUUAUUCAGGGAACCCCUUUGUUAAAAAAAAAACCUAGAAAAGAAAUGUUUUAGUGUAGAAUAGAACAUAGGUUACUGGUCAUAAGCAGGAGGAGUUAUUAUUGUUAAGCCUAUUCUGUACAUUUCUGUUUAAGAUUCUAAUGAAACUGAAUUAACUCGACACAGUGUGGUGAGAGUUGUAUGUGAAUCGUUGUUUCUAAAGUAACUGAAGCAAAGUGCUUAAGCUGAUAGGUUUCUAAAGUAACUGAAACUUGUGUGUUUGUUAUAAUUCUGUUAAGAUUCUAAAGUAACUGAAUCAGCCCGACGCAGUGUGGCAGUUGAAUUAUAGCUAAGUGUUUCUAAAGUAACUGAAACAGUGAUAGUGUAAAGAGCCCGACGCACCGCGGCUCUAUAGAGUUUUAAGCAAUAACCCGAGGUAGUGUGGUGUUGUCUGACUGUAACAGUGUUUUAAACUUACGUUUUAAGUCCAUGUACUGUGGUUAAGUAAACAGUUAGGUUUAAUGCAAAAAACCCGACGUACCUUGGUUUUGUCCGACGUACUGUGACUGUGUUAAACUAACGGUUUAAGUCCAAAAGUGCUGUGGCUAAGAAGACUGUUUUAAAAUAUAACAAAAACCCGACAUACUGUGGUUUUGUCCGACGAACUGUGACUGUGUUGCAUUUUAAACUUUGUUAGUUUGUGAGUGUUACUGUCUGUGACUGAAAGUGUUUGUGAGUGUUAUUGUUUGAGUGUUACUGUUGGUGAGUGUUUGUGACUGUUUGAGAGUUGUGAGUGUUAAGUGUUAUUGUAGUUGACCUCGAGGCCAAACAGAGUGUGUCUGUGUCCGAAGCAGUGAGACUUUUGAGGUCAAAAGCCCGACGUAUUGUUCAUUUGCGUCCGAAGUACUGAAGCUGUGAAUAAAUAGACUAACGGUUAACUAGAUAUCUUGUAGUCACAGAAACUGUGUAAAGUUUAAAGACUAAGAUUUAAGGAAAGCUGUGAGUUUGUUAAAAUAUGGAACAGCUGAUUGUUAAGUACAUCGCUAAACACGGUUCUCAGGGAAUGUUUGAUGGAAUAGAGAACAUCGUGGAUAAACCAUAUGAGUGGGCUAUUUCUAAGUUUGAAAAUUAUCCUAAAAUGCCCAAGAACAAAAAAGGACAGAUUGCCAAUGCACUGCAAGCAGUUCUUGCAUCGUACAAAGUAACUAAUAAGACUUUAAAUGCAUUAAAGGCUGAAAACGAGCAACUGCAAUCUAGACUAGAUGAUGGGAUAAUAUCUAAAAGAGAUCACCAGAUGAGUGAAAUACUCUGGAAAGAAGAAAAGAUUAGGAUGCAGAGUAAAAUUGUACACCUUAGAACUAACAACAGCAUGCUUAGUUCAUCUGUGGAAACAUUGUUCAAAGAUUUAGAGGAAGCAAAGUCUGCUUGUCAAUUCCUUUUAAAAAAUGGCACAACUGAAAUUAGCACCGGUAAGACAUCUUUAUGUGGUAUGUGGAGUAAUCAAGUUCCUGACAUGUUAGACAGUGAUGGGAACUCAGAAAGAGAUCCUCAGUCAGUCAGCAGUCAACACUCUGACUGUACAGUUAAGUUCCCCAUGACUCCAGUUCACUUGACUACGACUAUGCCUGCUAAUGAAGAAGAGGAGGAACCAAUGACCUCUACUAUGGUCAGAGGGUUUAAUCCCAAUGAGCUAGAAGUGAUUAAAAGUAUCGGUAAAUUUGAUCCUGCCAAACAAGAUCCAUUAGACUUUCUAAAGGUUUUCGAGCUAUAUGCUGACAUUUACAAAUUCACAGAUGGUGAUGCGUGUGUGUUGUUAACUGUGUGUUUGCCUGACACUUUGUCUGGAGCGUUAAAGGAGAAAGUCAAAACUAGAACUGCCAAUAAGUUAGAGAGGAAACAAGCACUGCUUGAAGUCCUAGGUGUAAUGUCAGUUGACUGGGAUAAAAUAUCUGAUGUGCACAUGAGGACAGGGGAGCACCCCAUGGCAUUUUCAGAGCGAUUAUUGGAGACAUUUAAAACUUUCAGUGGCAAUCCUGACAUCACACCGAAUGAUGUCAGUUUUAAAUCUGCUUUGAUUAACAAAUGUGACUCACUCACACGUUCUGCUGUGUCGAUGUUUGUAACCCAUCUUUCUGAUUAUAAUGACAUCAUUGCUAAAAUGACACAGUUUUUCAACAACAAUGCUAACUCAAAGAGGUCCCAUUAUGUAUCCGCAGUAGGUGUUAAAAAUCUCAAUAAGAAUAGAGCCAGCAAUGUUUCCUGGAAAAAAGAGACCUACACUACCGGAGGUAGAAAGGAAAGACUACCCCCUCGUAACCCUGAUAACCCCCUGGUGUGUUAUUCAUGUGGCAAAGAGGGACAUAUUUCAAGGGAAUGCAAAUUUUCCCUUAAGAGAUCAGGCCCCAAAACAGAUUUACACCAGUUACAGGCUACAGUAAACAGACUGAGAAAGGAGCUCAAAAAUCUGUGGAACUCCUUGCCUGGUAUUUUUCACCAAACUACUCAACAAAUUUGGCAAAGUCAGAAAAACAAAAUGCAUUCUGGUCAGAAUGUGUACCAUCACAAAUUUGAAAGUAGUGAUGACGCUGUGGUAAAGAAUUACCAAAAUGAGGGCCCAUGGUCUGCUCACCGGGAGAGACCAUGCAGAGAUUCACAUCACAAAACUAAAAACCGUCAACCUGGUAAGAGAUCAUUCCACAUAGGUCCAUUAAUAUCAUAAAAAGCUGAUGGCAGUCAUCAGGGCCAUUUAAAUAGGCAAGUUUAUGUUGUAUGUGUUUGUAAUGUUUUUAUUGUGUGUGCUGUGUUAAAAAGGUGGGGGGUAAAUUCAUUAUGUUUUUCAAGUGUUUUUCAGGUCAAAAAAAAAAAAAGAUGUGGGCAAUGGACUAGGAAGGCAGCUCUCGUGACAGCAGUGCCCAACGCUGUCCCAAAGUGCUUAUCUCAAUGGAUCCAGGUUCCGGUCUUGGUGAACCUUACAGCAUGAUCUCCAGACCCAGAUGAACAGUGUAACAGGAAUGUAUAAGGUCUUCUUGACAACAGCGUUCCUGAGGUAUCACAGUGAUGUUGCAACCAGUUCAUCACCUCCUCAGAGAACAUCAAGUAAAUAAUCUCAAGGAUUGGAAAAAUUGUUUGAAUUGAGGAUUCUAAGCAUGGACAAUUUGGGAAUAUUACAGAAAAAAUGUGUUAAAGGAGAGAAGCAAUCUACCCCGAUUUAUCACACAGUUACCAUCAGGACAAUGGCGAGGAUUGAACACAGAGUGUUGUGACAAAACUCCAUUUGGUUUUAUUUGUGAGUGGGAUGCCUUGGAAAAACAACCAUUAUCUGGGGCACCCCAAACUAAUUAUGAGGCUUGUGAAAUCAAUCUAACGUAUGUCCACAAUAAUUUUACAAGAGUAAUAGUUUCAAACAGGAAAAAAUGUGUCACCACAACUCUUGAUCACUUCUCGGUCUUUGUUAAUGAUAACCAGACACUUCGUCAGAUUAAUGAUACCUCAUUUUGUAUAACACCAGAUACAGCUUGGUCAAUAGGACAGUAUUACUUCCCAUAUGUGAAUAUCACCCAACAAACACUGUCAUUGAAUCCAGAGGAACAACUAGGUUUUGUGGAGGAUAUACCGGAGUUUGAUUUUGAUUUACCAAAGUUGGAUAAUAUGCUAAUGUCGCUAAUGCAGAGAAAAGACGACCAUAUUGUUAAAGCUCAACAAGGUCUUGUGGGAAAAGAUAAUGUCUUGACUAAACAAAUGCAUGGUGGUGAUUUGGUUAUUGCCUAUUCUGAUCUGAUUUGGGAUAUAACUUUCAAAACUGCUGUUGGUGUAUGCAUUUUUCUCAUUCUUUGUCAAUGCAUUAUGUUAUGUUGUAUGUGUACUAUAUUGAAACGGCAAAUUGCAGUUAAUUCAAUGAUCAAUGUGGGACGUUCCCAUUGGCUGUGAUGGUUUCUGAAUGUCUCUGCUCCAAACCCAAGUAAUAUUUUACAUAGAACCAAAUUUUAAGAAGAAAACCUGUGAUAUGUUUGCCUUAUAAAAUGGAGCUAAAACCAGUGUGCGUGAGGUGAAGUUCCGAUGAAAGGUAAGAUUCUCUGAGGGCCGAAGGGAAACGACCUAAGGCAGGGCUUCGCCAACACUGGGCACCGGCCCAAAAAAAUGGGAGGUGUGAUCUGUAUUAAGGAAGUGAUGUGAUGCUUCAGGGCCAAAAGCAUCAAAGAGGGGACUGUAAGAAAGUACAGAAAUUGCACCCAAAUUCCACUCCAAGGUACACAUCUAAAAAGAGCUAAUUCCUAAGAAGUAUCAUAAGGUAAUACAUUUAGGACUCUAAACGUAUAAAUGUGAUUCAAUUAUAAAUAUGUGGAUGGUGGCAGGACAUUAGGGAUCACCACGAACAAAGGGUCUAUGUGACUGCGAUUACCAUUUGAAGUGACCACUUGGUUGAUAACAAUACCAAGCCAAGGUCUACGUGACCGCGAUUACCAUUUAAAGUGACCACUUGAGGGCUAGCAAUUGUAACAAUACCAAGACAAGGUGUACGUGACCAUGAUUAACAUUUAAAGACAUCAGCUAGACAACAAGGUGUAGCUCAGCCAUUUGGGAGACAUUCAGUUCUUACCCUCAAUACACAUUCGAAGCGAAACUUCAUUUAAAUUACCAAAAGGGAAAACUGUAUAUAAGGUUUAAGCAGAAUUUGCUCUGGGUUCCUGUUCUUUCUGACUCCGUCGAACCCAAAGUACACCAUGUAUUUUGUCACUGCUAUGCUGGAAUAAACUUCUUGUUCUUCAUU